AUGAAUGAAGAAGUUGAUAAGAUCACGUUUUAAUGCAAUUUAAAAUUACUACAAAAAAAAAUUAUUAUGUUAAUUGGUUUUCCUUCAAUUAAAGUUGACUGUGAAAAAAUUCAUUUAUAUCUGAAAGGAAUAUAAGACCAAAAUUAAUUUGAACAACUAAAAAAAAUUAGAAUUUUAAUAAGUUUCAUAGGCGAGGUCACUUAAAUAAAUAAUUGGGAGAAUAGGGUGCAAAUAAUCAGAUAAACAGUUUAACAAUUACUCAAUAUUCAAGGUUUAGAAAUUAAGUGGAAUGAGGAAUAAUGGAAAAAGGAAAUUAAUGCUAUUGUAACAAAUAGAAUUAACAAUCAUUAUUAUGAUACAAUACCAAACAAAAUAUAUUCUUAUGCUAAUUUAUUUAAUUCCUUAUAAAUUAAAUUACCAACAAAAUUAAAAGACCUUAAACAUAAUUCUUUUAAUUAAGUAUAAACAUCCAAUCUCAUAGAUGACUUUCAUUUAUUAUGUGACAUUGAUGAAUUUUUUAUUGUUAGAAAUACAAGGAAUUUUAUUUAAAAAAUUACAAAUAAACUUGAUGAAUUUAUGAGCUUAUUGAUUGAUAUCGAGAUUUAAAAUAAUUUAGUUGGACAUAGUAUAAAAAAUCGAUUCUAAACAUUAUGCGAAUAAUUGUAGAAAAUUAUUAUCACAUUCAAUUCUAAAAUAAAUCAAGAGGAUGAAUUAAAUUUUAAUCAACAAUUAAAAUUAAGUAUUGAGAAAUAAUCCUUUUAAAAAUAUUAAGAACAAGCAUUUGAAACCUAAACUUUGACUAAGUCUAAAACCACAAUUUUUUAAGGUUCUUUUGAAUCUAAAUCAAAAAAGUUUAAAAAAAAAAUAAAAUCAGAGGUUCACUUACAUUAAAGUUCAUCUAUUCUGUUUUCAAUCAAUUAAGGCGAUUUAACUUCUGAAUUAUAUCUUGCUAAUUAGAAUUUGAAUGAAUCUCAUAAUUUUGAUAUUGAAAAUUAAAAGGACUUAAUUUAACAAAUAUAAAAUUAAUUGUUAAUUAAUAAUUAAUCUAACUUAAAAAAAUAUUAUAAUUUUUAAUAUUCUUUGGAAAAAAUUAAAUAAAAAAUAUUAACUUACGAAUAUAUUCUCUACUAAUUUGAGUAAUUAGGAUAUCCAUGUAUUAAUUUGGAUGAAAAUGAACUAAUUUUAGUUCUUUAAGAUUACAAAAUAUAUAAUCCAAAUAAUAAAAAUUUAAUUGUUAAACUAUUUAAUAUCAUUUCUGAAUCUUUUAUUAGUAAAAAUGGUUGUAAGGAUGUUUUCAAAUAAUUGUAAUAUAAUGUAUUAAAAUAUUUAUAAUAAAUAUCAAUUGAUAUUUCAAGUUAAGAAUUAAAUGCUUUAUAAAAUUAAUAAUGUAUAAUAAAAGCAAAUAUGUCAGCCUAUGGGAAUUUGAGAAAUAAAAAGUUUUCUUAUCAAUUAUUAUCUUAGAUAACAAAUCGAAAAUUCCCAAAUGAAAUAUAUGAUAUAAACUGUUCCUCAACAAAAUUAAUUUUUUAAUAGUGGAGUAUUCAACAAUUAUUAGGUAUUUUUAAUUUCUAAGACUUAAAAAAUAUUAGGGUAACACAAUAUUAUAUUAAUUAAAUCUAUACAUGUUUAGAAGUUUUGAUAAAUUUUAAGGAAUCAUUAUAAAUUAAUUUUGAUAAUGAUUUAGUAUAAGAUUUUAUCAAAAUGGAAAGGUAAUUUAUUGAUAUAAUAAACUAACCUCUAAAUUUUCAUGUUGAUUAAAAUGAAUACUUAAAAUCAAUUCAAAAUUUAAAUCAGUUAGAUGAAAUAUUUUUAGAAAAAUUAGGAAAAGAUAAAAUUUUUUAAGUUGAAAAGAUCGAUAAGAUUUAAGAAUUUU